AUGAAGUAUAAAGUAUCGGUAUUAUAUGUUAUAACAGUUUUUCUCCUAAUUGCUUUUAGCGAUGUGAUAAAGGGAGAUAACAGUAAUAAUGAUAAUAAAAAAAAGGACAUGUGGAAAUCAAGAUUUUCUUUAGGAAAAGGAACACAAAAAACGGAUGGAGAUGCAAAUGAGAAAAAUGACAAAAACCAUGAUAAGGAAAAGAAGGAAAAAGAAUUCCUAAUGAAUAACCUUAAAGGUGCUGAUAUGAACGAUCCGCGAAGUGUAAUGCUUUUAAAGGAAAUUUACGAUAAGGAUAACCAAUUAAGUAUAAUAAGUAGAAAAAAGAAAAAAUAUAAAACAGCUACUUUUACCUUGGGUACACUACUAACUAUAAUCGCAAUACGAACCUUAACAGAAUUUGCAGUGAAGAGUAUUGCUAAAUUUUUCCAGAAGGAAGGAGGUGCAUUAGGUGGAUUAAUUUUGGAUAAAUGGAAUCUUAAUAAUUUAAAAAAAGAAGCUGCAUUUAUUGAAACAUUAGUAUAA